UUCAAGGGCCAACACAAAACGCUUCCACAGCUCAGGAAGCUGCCUGGAUUUGCAUUUAACUGUUUCCAUUUACCUGAUGCAUUCCAAAUGUGAAAAGACUUCGGGAGCCAGCCUACAGAGCGAGGGAGACGACGGCUACCGUAAAUACUGCUACGGACAGAAAGCGGAGGUCACGCAGCAGCGAGAAGGAGGGUUCCUGCUAACGCUUCCAAGGGGCGAAAUCUGCUGCAACGUCACCCUGUUCCCCCGUGCGUACGUCCGUAGCCUGCAGAGGCUGUAUUUGGCACCGCUGUUGGCAAACCCCUCCGAGAGGCAGACGUUCAUGGAGCCGGGACUGGCAGCUCCCUGCUCACCUCUGGAAACGGCCCUUUCAAGGACACUUUCAAGGUUUCCAGGUCGUGCGUGGCUCCGCUGGUACUGGGACAUUUCUCAUGGAGCGGAGGGUUUCUGCAUCAAUGAUGCGUCUGGGAGAUGCAGCCCAGCGGCAGAGCCGGGGCUGAAGAGGAGACGGAGCAGGAGGUGUGCAGCCGUAUGGACACAGCCAUGGGCACUUUGCAGCCAGUGUAGGGGAAUGAAAAGAAGAUACCAUGCCAUUGAGUCGCUCCUUCCCCAUCACCGCGGGGAUCAAGAAGUGCAUCUGGUCCUGCUUUCGAGUCUUCUGGGAGACAGGCAGAAGACAAAGUGGGAGGAUGCUACCCCAGGAAUAACCACCUGCCUCUGCCAGAGACCUGCAACAAUUUUUGCUGCGUGAAUGCAUCCUGUUAUCAGAGAGUGAUAAACGUCUUUUCCUGCACUGGGAGUUUGGUAUUUGCAGCUGUGGGGCUGCCCACCAAGGGCAUGUGCUGCGGUGGUUCAGCUCUUCUGAGGAAUGCCCGUUGCCCACACCGCCCUCUCGUUUGAAUUUAUUUUUAUUUCAUAUGAAUUUUCAAGAUGUUAAAGAGUCACUGUGUCUCCAUGGAAGUAAAUGGGAAACGUAUGUCAAGUGCGGUACGACAGAAAAUUACCUUUUUUAAUAGUUUUGUAUUGUAAAUGAGUAAUCGGUCCACUGAUAAGGUAUAAUGACUUGGGACCACAGAAAAGAUUCAAGGGAAGGCAAUGUUUUCCUUUUCUCUCACAAGUGACUCUCAACUAAGAGAAAUUACACUUUUCCUAGAACAGCAACUAUAGCAACAGUGGGAUUUGACUGGGUAGAGGUCAGGGAGUCUAAGCUGUUUUUCAUUGCUGAUUUUAACAUGCCAUCCUCACAAUUGGCUAUUAUUUGUGGUGUUAGGAGCUGUUUCCUGUGAUUAUAUUUCAUCUGGUGCUACAGCAGUGCUGAAUAAUUAAAGCUGUCAGCAAAAAAAAAAUGAAGUAUCUAUACACCUUUGAGAACAACUUCAAAAUAAUUUGAUGGCCCAGUUAUCUCAAGAAAAUUAUUAACAAAAGAAGCUAUCCACAGGGCAGAGAAAAACAUGCUUUGAGGGCAUCUCUGCGUCUUUUCCACAGUAUAUUGCACAGAAAAUUGUUGCCAGCGGCAGUCGUACGAAAUUCCCCGGUAACCGCACGCGCGUUGGGGUAGAGCCCAAUGGCACAAAGCCACGGCGUGACGGUCAGGCACUCAGUCCCGUACUCAGCCGUAGCUCCUCAUUACUCCGCGCCUGCUUUUAGGUGGGAAAAGGUACGUGACGAGUUUUCAUCUUCAUGCCCCCAGUCACGUCCUGACCUGCUUUCGGGGCUCUGUCACCCGUUCAGAGCCGCCCCAGUCCCACCAGGACGCCGGCGGCCGGAGGAAAGGUGGGAUUCUGUCCCUCCUCUGUGCUAGCUCACUGAGCACAGCUUCACGUCUGCACUCCAGCGUGCUUUCCUGCCACGUUAUGAAGACAACUAUCACGCUGGGUUUUGGGGGGCAUGGAGGUGGAACUGAGGAUAUACAGUUUGCUUUGCAGCCGCAGUAAAGAUUGCAGUUCAGAUACAUUGGUGCGGGCUGCUCCAGACGUCAAAUUCGGGAGGAAUAAACCAAAAGCAGCGGCACUUUCCCUGGGGAUGGACGGUCUUUCUGCGUAUCUGUAUGGCAGAGGUCUCUGUACGUCAUGGGCUGUGUGUGUGCUCUGGCUGUGCUUCCCGUGGCGUUGGCCUGCGUUGUGAAUCAGAGGGAUCCCGCUGCCGCUCGUGGCUUUCGUUUCCGGGGAAGGACGCACGUGCAGCUGUCGAGGACCUGCUGCAACAGAGCCAUGCUAGAAAAACACUCCUCUGAAAUUCCUUCCUGACAUUAGCACAGCUCGGUCACUCCGAGGAUGCAAAGUCUCAGCGCACAGCGGAAACGCGUGUCCUGUGUGGUUCUGGACAAUAACACCCCUCGUGCUCGUGCUGAAGUUACAGAUAAACCCUUCCCGGGUUGCUGGCAUUAAGCUCCACAAAUCCUGAAGCAAUUAAACACACAGAGACCUCGGCAGACCUACUCGCAUAUGCAGUUCCGCAAGUUUGUACGAAGGCAUUUGGCUGGUCAAACACAUCCGAAACCGAGAUAAUAUCUGUCUGCAGUUCUG